AGAGUGGCAUUUUGUGGCGCCAAUGGAAGGGCUUGCGAGAUGUAUCCAUUGACACACUGGGGGUGUUUGGGACACUUGGGAAACUUUGUUUGACUUGACUUGUGUGACUGGGGUUUCGUUAAGUCUCUGUGCAUUGUUAAUGUAUUUAAAAAACCUUCUUGUCUUUCCUUGUAAUGAUGAUAUGAUUUAAAUCCGAUCAAGUGCUUUAGGCGACAACUCUCACGCGAUGACACGUGACGGGAAGCAGAACCCAAGCCUGGGUGUCACGUAUGGGCGAGAAUGACGACAGCACUGCACUGCAUUAGCGCCUCCAAACGCCUGCGACAUGGCACUGUCUUGGGCCCCGCCAGCCCAUUAACACGUGGCGCCUGCCAGACUUAUAUCACUCCCCGGUGACCCCUUCUCGUCCUCUUCAGCUCGUCCUUGGUUAUGCCCCUCGUGCUGUUCCUGGGCGCCGUCACGAGCCGCCAGCAGCUGUAGUGCCCGAGACGCCGCUAUAAAAGAUGUAACUCAGAUCUCGAGGAUGGAGCCACGCCCUUCUUCGCCGUCAGUUAUCGAGUUGGUCCUCGAUGUGAAGCUCGAGUACGAGGUAACAUUUGCUACCCGACGCCGGACGCCUCACCGCCCGAUAGUCCCUUCGCUGCCCAGCCAGGUGCCGCACCUCCAGGAACCGAAGGUACGCCCAGUUGCUACAGUCCGUCCUGCAAAAUUUAACAAAAAACGUGACUCAUCCGAAGAAAACGAACCUCGAAAGGGGGACUUCGAAUUUCCCGAGAAAGACACUACUCCCGACCAAGAAUUAGAGUCUGACGAUUCUCCUUGCAAAGAGGAGAAUCCAACUGAGCCAGAGGUCGUCCAGGAAAAGACCUUGAACAACCAUUCUACCGUAUCUUCAGCCGACUCUCGUGACAAAGAAGAAGAUAAGCCACAGCCAGACAGCGCUAACGAGUCAUUCGAUCGCUCCUGCUUCUUCUCAACCCGAUACCGGAGCUACAGGCUCAGACGCCAGGAAGUCCCAAAUCCUUGCAAGAAACACCGAGACGUCGUUCUGAACGCCGAAUACCUUCUUCGAAAAGCACGGAAAAUGGAAUGCAAAGAUGGACACGGGUGCGCCUCAGAGGACCAGCAGAUCGAGGGCCAGCGUGAGGAAAGCCAGCGAGAGGGAGAGAGAGACAUCACGGUUACCGAGUGUCUCGAAGAGUUCCUUGCCGAGCUUCACCUAAGCCACCUGGCCGACUACCUGCGAGUGCUUGGCUGCACCUGCGUGAGAGACCUGCGCCUCCUCGAGACCUCCGAGCUCGAGGCCAUCCAGCUGGUGUCCCGUCGACGCCUCCUUCAGCAGCUCGAUUCCCUGAAGCUCCACCACGAAGCGCCUCCCGAGGACUGCUCUUUGGAAGGGUGGCUGACGUGGUACGGCCUCACACACAUCUCGGGUUUCCUGAAGGCCAUCGGGGUGCAUACUGUAGGUGACCUGGCCUACGUAAGGGAGGAGGACCUGGUUCUCCUGAAGCCCGUGACUCGCAGAAGGAUCCUCGCCUGUAACAAAAGGAUGCACUAGGCCAGCACUCAGCGGCGUGGGAUGAUGCUACAGUUGCUUCUUCGAAAUAGUAUUGAAUCAAAUAAAAUGUGUUUAACAUAU